UCUUCCCCAUCGCUUCUUCUGUGAAAGGAAUCUAGCCCCCUCGCCGUUUUCCUCUUCCAGUCUCGUUUCGGCGCCUACACCUUCCAGAAGGGAAGGCUACGCUGCUGCAUUCGCAAAUAAAAACUCUGAAAGCUAGCCGAGCUCUACUCCUCUGUCCCGUACCACCUUUCAUCUCCCUUCCUCCCCCUUAAUUUGACUCUUCACUCCACCCUGAGCACCUUCCAGCACGGCCACCUCACUCCAGCCCGAUCUUCCAGCGCGGCUCCACGGCAAGGGCUCUGCCGCCGCUCCUUGCCCUACAAUUACCGACGACGGGCGGUGCACCGUUUACACGGCGGGUAAACUCGCCACGGGGGCGGCCGGGAACGGCGGCGGUAUCAGCCGGGCGGGCAAGCCGUCAGUUGCCUAUCAUUUUUCGACGCCAAGAUACACCGCACACUGUUUACCCGACGGGUAGACUAGCCAAGGGGCCGGCCAGGAGCAGCGGCGAUAUCUACCGGGCCUAACUGCAGUGCGGCGAGAAGUGAUUAGCCCGUGUUGUUGAGCGUCGGAGGAGGGCAGCGGAGGAGGAAGAGGAAGCGAAGAUGCUGGCCUGCAUCGCGUGCUCCGCAAAGGAAGGCGGGGAGGACGGCUCCCGUGCCGCGGCCACGCCGGCCGUCAGGUCUCUCACCUCACAGCUCAAGGACAUGGUGCUCAAGUUCUCUGGCUCCAGCAAGCACUACAAGGGGGCGGCCGCCGGGAGCCCCUCUUUCAGGAGCUACCGACGCCCCUACCCGGGCUUCGUCGACGACACUACCUUCACGCCGAGGCCGGCGAGCGACGUCGGCGCGUACACGAGGACUACUGCGGCAGCUGCGAACGGGAGCGCGCGGGCCGCCUCGUCGGCAACGUGGGACAUGACCGGGCGCGGAUGGCCAGGCGUGGACGAGGAGGACGGCGGCGAGAUCGUCGCCGCUGGGGUGGACGCCGCCGUGCCCCGGGAGUGGACGGCGCAGGUGGAGCCCGGCGUGCAGAUCACCUUCGUCACGCUCCCCGGCGGCGGCAACGAUCUCAAGCGCAUCCGCUUCAGCCGUGAGAUGUUUAACAAGUGGGAGGCGCAGCGGUGGUGGGGAGAGAACUACGACCGCAUCGUUGAGCUGUACAACGUGCAGACGUUCAGCGGCCGGCAGCAGGGGGGCUCCACUCCGACGUCCUCCGUCGACGACUCGCUUCUGAGAGAUUCGUCCUAUUCCCGGGGCGGCUCCACGAGGGACAGCCCGGUCGUCAUGAUGCCGCCGCCGCCGCCGUCAUCCUCGUCGAGCAAAGACCCGAUGUCCCGUAGCGUGUCCUGCAAGGCGAUGAUGCCCCCGCCGUCGGGGCCUUACGGGGCGGGGCCAUCCACCAGGGCGGCGUACUACCCGUCCGCGGCGGCCGUGCCCGACCCGUCCGACCACGUGUGGGCGCACCACUUCAACAUGCUCAACUCCGCGGCGGUCGGCGGGCAUUCCUCCUACGACCCGUCGCGCGCCACCACCUCCUCCCGCGACGAGGCCUCCGUGUCCAUCAGCAACGUCAGCGACAUGGAGGCGACGGAGUGGAUCGAGCAGGACGAGCCCGGCGUGUGCCUCACCAUCCGCGAGCUCGGCGACGGCACGCGCGAGCUCCGCCGCGUCCGGUUCAGCCGGGAGAGGUUUGGCGAGGACAGGGCAAAGGUGUGGUGGGAGCAGAACAGAGACAGAAUACAGGCGCAGUAUCUGUAGUUGAUCUGGUUAAGCUAGCGGCGUUGGAGAUAGAUUAAGGGAGAUAAUGGUGAAAAGAGUGUGAAGAAGGGAUAACCGGAUAGAUGGAAGCAAACUAGUGGUAACCGUGGUGCUCGGCUUGGCGAAUAUGGAGGUUGCGUUUGAAUUUCAAUGUGCUCCUCUGCUUUCUGUAGACUUUAGACAUGUAUAAACCUGAUAUGCUCGCCUGUCUUUGGCUUAGUUUACCUUUUCUAAGGCACCAAUGUGGUUCAUUCGUUGGUUGAUUUAAUGUUAUGUUUUUGCGUUUCUUGGUGGGA